AUUCCUAUAUAUCUUUUCGAUUCUCACCUAAUAGCAACUCCAUUGCCGCUCUAUUCCGUUCCGUUCCAUUCAUCUAAUUUGCCGGCUCAGGCUCUAGUAAACUGCAAUUGGACGGUUUUCAUUUCUAAACCUUUCCCCCCCAAAUUUCUGAUACUUGUACCGGUGAAAAUGGAGGCAUUGGGCGGUAAUGGCGCGUUUUGGGGUUGGAAACUUCCGGAGAUAAGAAACACAAAGAGGCCGUUUCCGUCAAAGUCGAAAUCCUCGGAUUCAUCCGCAGAGUCAACGGGCAGUCGAGGCUACCGUUUCCCGUUGAAGCAAGCGGUGACAGCUUCCUCACUCGCUCUCACAGGCGAUACUAUUGCUCAACUAAGCUCCCAUUGGAGAAAACGGAAAGAUUCCAUUUCUGGUUCCAGUGAUACAAGUAAGGAUAUCAUGCCAAGCAUCAUUUCAGAUCAUGAUUGGCUUCGUGCCUUGAGGAUGACUUCUUAUGGUUUCCUUUUAUAUGGUCCUGGCUCAUAUGCUUGGUAUAAAUAUCUGGAUCACUGUUUGCCACAUCAGACACCACAAAAUAUAAUGUUGAAGGUUUUACUAAACCAGAUAGUGCUUGGUCCUUGUGUAAUUGGUGUUGUCUUUGCAUGGAACAAUUUAUGGCUAGGAAAGCUCUCAGAGCUUCCUGACAAAUAUCAGAAGGAUGCUCUCCCAACACUGUUUUAUGGAUUUAGGUUUUGGAUCCCCGUCAGCUUGUUGAAUUUUUGGGUGGUCCCUCUUCAAGCCCGUGUAGCUUUCAUGUCCGUAGGAUCCAUUUUUUGGAACUUUUACUUGUCGUCAACUAUGAGCCAGUAGAUUCAACCGCACGAUUGAUUGAUUAAUUCAUGUCACAUGAGCUAAUGAUAUAUUUUUAGUUCUUGCUCCCAGUUUUACUUCCUUUGGGCUGGCUCUAUUUAUGAGUUACGGUCUCUUUUGUCUGUGCGUGUACGUGUUUACGUCGGUUUUCAUAUAUGAUAAAUUUAUCGUUGACCUAAAA